CCCUGCCAAACCUGAGUGCUCAGUGAGGAGGAGAGCAGAGGAGAGCAGAGCAGAGGAGGCUGUAUAAAAGCACUAAGAAUGACUAGAAGCUCACCACAUUCUGUCUGCUGUCAAAAGAGAAGGGCUGUCUUUCUCCUCUCCUGCUAUUCCCCUGCUCCCUCGCAGCAGCAGCAGCAGCAGCAGAUUCAAUCCUGCCUGCUUGUCUGGAAUCAAACCCAACAUUUGAAAAAUAAAUUUGAGACAAUAAUUUUAUAAUAUAGGGAGACACUUUUUUUUUUUUUUUAUAUAGAUAAAUAUUAAUAAUUGUAUUAUAAAUUGCUUUAUUUUUUAUUUCCGAAGUGGGUCUAUUAAAUUUCCACUAUAGGAUUUUAAAUUAAGCAAAUCUCUGAAUUUCUACAGCUUAAGGUUGUUCCCUCCCCCUCCCCCAGAAACCAAAACCAGCAGAAGAUUGUUUUCUCGCAUCCCUAUUCAAUCGGCUGCCCUGCGAACGGCACAGAUUAACAGAAAACCAUGGGUCUUCAAGGCCACGUCCUAGCUUGCCUGGCUGUAGGCAUGCUGCUCCAGUGCACCCACGCUGGGAUCAUCAAGAAGGUCAUCCGUCAGAGGAGGGAGGCCCUGGUCACCCCAAAAGAGGAGAACCUCACCCUGCCUUCCCCAGAUGAACCUGUGGUGUUCAACCAUGUCUACAACAUCAAUGUCCCUUCAAGCUCCUUGUGCUCCGUCGACCUGGAUUCUCCCGGUGCGACAGAGGUCAAGCCCCAAGCCAUAUCUGAUGGUCAGUCCGUUGAGCACACGCUGGAUGGGGAGAACCAGAUCGUCUUCACCCACCGGAUCAACAUCCCCCGGCAGGCCUGCGGCUGUGCCAACGCCCCCGAUCUCAAGGACCUCCUGCACAGGCUUGAGCUCCUGGAGGGGCAGGUCUCUUCUCUAAAGGAACAGUGCGGCAGUGGGGCUGGGUGCUGUCAGUCCCAGGCUCAAGGUGCCAUAGAGAUAAAACCUUACUGCAAUGGCCACGGUAACUACAGCACAGAGACAUGCAGCUGCUUGUGCGAGCCAGGCUGGACCGGUGCCAACUGCACGGAGGCCGCGUGUCCAAACGACUGCCAGGACCAGGGCCGCUGUGUGGAUGGCGUGUGUGUCUGCUUCGAGGGCUUCAUGGGCGAAGACUGUGGGGUAGAGACGUGCCCGGUGGACUGCAGUGAGAACGGGCAGUGCAUCGACGGGGUAUGCGUGUGCACCGAGGGCUUCAGCGGGGAAGACUGCUCCCAAACCAACUGCCCCAACAACUGCCUGGGCCGCGGUCGCUGUGUGGACAGCGAGUGCGUGUGCGAUGAAGGGUUUACCGGCGAUGACUGCUCUGAGCUCAUCUGCCCCAACGACUGCUACGACAGAGGCCGCUGCGUUAACGGCGUUUGCUUCUGCGAGGAAGGAUUCACCGGAGAGGACUGUGGUGAAAUGACCUGCCCUGGAAACUGUAACAACCGGGGCUACUGCGUGGACGGGCAGUGUGUUUGCAGCGCUGGAUACACUGGCAAGGACUGCAGUGAGCUGACUUGCCCCAACGACUGCAAGGAGAGAGGCCGCUGCGUGAACGGUAUGUGCAUCUGCGACCCUGGCUUCGUCGGCGAGGACUGUAGCGAGCUGGCCUGCCCUGACAACUGCAACAACCGGGGCCAAUGCGUCAAUGGGCAGUGCGUCUGCGAUCAGGGCUUCAUGGGAGAAGACUGCUCUGAGCUUUCCUGCCCCAACAACUGCCAAAACAGAGGCAGGUGCGUGAACGGCCAGUGCGUCUGCGACGAAGGUUUCACCGGAGAAGACUGCAGCAUAAAGACCUGCCCCAACAACUGCUUCGGAAGGGGCGAGUGCAUUGACGGGAAAUGUGUCUGUUUCGCCGGCUUCACCGGAGAAGACUGCAGCGAGCUGACCUGCCCCAACGACUGCCUGGGCCACGGCCGAUGCGUGGACGGAAAGUGUGUUUGCGAUGAAGGCUUCACAGGCGACGACUGCAGCCAGAAGACCUGCCUUAACGACUGCUUCGGAAGGGGGAACUGUGUGGAUGGGCUGUGCGUCUGUGACGAGGGCUUCGUGGGAGAGGACUGCAGUGAGAGCUCCUGCCCCAAUAACUGCAACGACAGGGGCCGCUGCGUGGACGGGCAGUGCAUCUGCGAUGACGGUUUCAUGGGUGAAGACUGCGGAGAACUCUCCUGCCCCAAUAACUGCAACGACAGAGGCCGCUGCGUGAACGGGCAGUGCGUCUGCGAUGACGGUUUCAUGGGCGAAGACUGCGGAGAACUCUCCUGCCUCAAUAACUGCAAUGACAGAGGCCACUGCGUGAACGGGCAGUGCGUCUGCGAUGACGGUUUCAUGGGUGAAGACUGUGGAGAACUCUCCUGCCCCAAUAACUGCAAUGACAGAGGCCGCUGCGUGGACGGGCAAUGCGUCUGCGAUGAUGGUUUCAUGGGCGAAGACUGCGGAGAGCUCUCCUGCCCCAAUAACUGCAACGACAGAGGCCGCUGCGUGAACGGGCAAUGCGUCUGCGAUGACGGUUUUAUGGGCGAAGACUGCGGAGAACUCUCGUGCUUGAAUAACUGCAAUGACAGAGGCCUCUGCGUGAACGGGCAGUGCGUCUGUGACCUGGGCUUCAUGGGAGAGGACUGCAGUGAUCUGGCAUGCCCUGAUAGCUGCAAGGACAGAGGUACCUGUGUUGAUGGGCAGUGCAUCUGUGAAGAGGGAUUUAUCGGGGCGGACUGCAGCGACGUUUCCCCCCCGAAGGACCUGACAGUGACCGAGGUGACCCCUGAGACGGUCAACCUGACCUGGAACAAUGAGAAGAUCGUGACGGAGUACCUGAUCACCUACGUGCCCACGGCUCCCGGGGGUCUGGAGCUGGAAUUCCGCGUGCCCGGGGACCAGCAAGCAGCCACCAUCCCUGAGCUGGAGCCGGGCGUGGAGUACCUGGUGCAGGUCUACGCCAUCCUGAAGAACCAGAGGAGCGUCCCUGUCAGCGCCCGCGUCGCCACGCACAUGCCCGAGCCCGAAGGCCUGAGGUUCAAGUCUAUCCGGGAGACCUCAGUGGAGGUGAUGUGGGACCCCCUGGACAUCUCAUUUGACGGCUGGAAACUCGUUUUCAGAAACACGAAAGAAGAUAAUGGUGAAAUUAUCAGCAGCCUGUCUCGCCCCGAGACAUCCUUCGUCCAGUCAGGUUUGGGGCCCGGUCAGGAAUAUGAGGUUUCACUGUAUGCUGUGAAGAACAAGACCCAAGGACCCACAGCCACUAAGAAUGUCAUCACGAGGAUUGACUCUCCAAGCCAAGUGGAAGUGAAGGACGUGACGGACUCGACCGCCUUCAUUACCUGGUUCAAGCCCGUCGCCCAGGUGGACGGAAUCAGCUUGUCCUACGGGCCCAGCGGUCAGCCGACAGACAGGGCCACAGUGGAGCUCUCCGGCACGGACAGCCAGUACAACGUGGACAGCCUGAAGCCCAACACGGAGUACGAGGUCUCGCUGGUGUCUAAGAGGGGGGACAUGAGGAGCGACCCCAUCUCAGAGUCCUUCACUACAGAUCUGGAUGCUCCCAAGAACCUACAGCGCAUCUCCCAGACUGAGAACAGCAUCACUCUGGAGUGGAAGAACAGCAAGGCGACAGUGGACAGCUACCUCAUUAAAUACGCAUCUCUGUCCGGGGGAGACCACGCAGAAAUCACUGUGCCACGGGGCAGACAGGCCACCACCAAGGCCACGAUCACUGGUCUGAAGCCAGGCACAGAGUACGGGAUGGGGGUCACCGCUGUGAAACAGGACAAGGAAAGCCUGCCGGCCACCAUCAACGCAGCAACUGACCUGGACGCUCCAAGAGACCUCGAGGCGGUCGAUUCGACGGAGAGCACCGUCUCUCUGCGCUGGAAGAGGCCACUGGCCAAGAUCGAAGUCUACCUUCUGACCUACACGUCCGCGGACGGCAGGAGGGAAGAGGUGGAGGUCCCUGCCGACGUCACCAACUACAUCCUGAGAGGGCUGGAUCCUGGUGUGCAGUACUCAAUCACCCUGAUUGCACAGAGAGGCAGACAGAGGAGCCAGCCAGCCGCCACUACUGUUUCAACGGAAACUCAGAUGUCCACUCUAACGGGGCGGUCUAUUGCCGAGCCUGGCGGUGUGAGCUUGGAGCUUCUCGAAGCCCUCAGUGUCUCGGAGGUGGGCCAGACUAGCUUCCAGCUGUCCUGGACGGCACCAGCUGGGUCCUUUGAUAGCUUCCUUGUAGAGUUGAAGGACUUAGCUGGGUUCAAUGAAAUAGCUUCAGUAUCCGUGCCAGGAGACGUCCGGCACACUGCCAUUGCUGACCUGUCGCCUGGCACUCUUUAUGAGAUCACCUUGCAUGGAACUGACCAGGAAAACAGGUCACAUAUCCUCAAGGCAAUUGCCAAUACAGAGGAGGAGCCUGAGCUGGGCACCUUAGAAGUCUCAGACGUCAGCUGGGACGGCUUCAAUGUCUCUUGGAAAGUCGCUGACGGAGACUUCGAAAACUUUAUUGUUGAAGUUACAGAUUCUGAUAGGUCGGCCGAGCCGCAGAGUCACACAGUGGCUGGUGAUCUCCGGAGGCUGGACAUCAAUGGGCUGAAGCCCGAUACCUCUUACCAGGUCACCGUCUCUGGGGUGAUCCAAGGCUCACACACAAAACCUCUUUUUACAGAAGUCAGCACAGUGCCAGAGCCUGAAGUUGGUAAUCUGUUUGUAUCAAACAUUACCUCAGACAGCUUCAGUCUCUCCUGGACAGCCACUGGAGACUCUUUCGAUGGCUUUGCACUUGAGAUUAUAGAUUCAAACAGGCUGCUGGAGCCAAUGGAAUACAGCAUAGCCAGAGAUGUGUUGGCAACCCAUAUCUCAGGGCUGAGUCCCCGCACUGAUUACAUAGCCUACCUGUACGGGCUCACGCAUGGUGUUCGAACACAGGCUCUCAGUGCUAUUGCUUCCACAGUGCCAGAACCUGACCUGAGCAAGCUAGUUGUUUUCAACGUUACCUCAAACAGCCUGUCUCUGUCUUGGAACGCCCGCGACCAGGCUUUCGAUCACUUUGUAGUCGAGGUUAUAGAGGCGGAGCCGGGCUCGCGCAAAAUAGAGCACACGGUCUCUGGGGACCAGAGGAGCGUCGUGAUCCCCCGGCUCAAAGGAGCCACUCGGUAUGAGCUCACAUUGUAUGGCAGCUCCGGCAGUCAGCACACCCCUCCUUUAACUACUGUAGCUACUACAGACGCAGAACCACAGCUGGGUAACAUAACUGUAUCAGAUAUAACCCACGACAGCUUGGCCCUCACAUGGACCGCAGCAGCAGGCUCCUUUGAGAGCUUUGUAAUAGAAGUCAGUGAUUCUGAGCAGCUCUACGACCCCUUGGAGCUCAGAGUGGGCGGGGCCUCACGCAAUGACACUAUCAUGGGCCUGGCGGACGGCACCGCUUAUAACAUAAAAGUGCACGGCGUGUCUCAAGGCCGCACUCAGCCUCUGUCUGCCUUCGCCGUCACAGAGGCGUUACCCAAAGUGGAAAACCUAGUCAUUUCAGACAUUAACCCGUACGGCUUCAGGGUGACCUGGAAGACGGGUGACGAUGGCCAGUCUCACCAGUUAGACCAGUUUCUCAUAGUGGUUGUAGAUUCGGGCAGGUUGCUGGACCCCCAGGACUUCACCGUGCUCGGAGAGCAGCGUUCCCUGGACAUCAGAGGCCUUAUCACGGGCAUAGGCUAUGAGGUUAAACUCUAUGGCAUAACCAAGGAGGGACAACGCACAAAACCCUUAAGUGCAGUGGCUGUGACAGAAGCCGAGCCGGAAGUGGACAACCUUCUCGUCUCGGACGUGACCUCCGAGAGCUUCCGUCUGUCCUGGAUGGCAGACGAAGACCUCUUCGAUAGUUUUGUUAUUAAAGUUAGGGAUUCCAAAAAACUGUCCGACCCGCUGGAGCUGACGGUCCUGGGGCAGGAGCACACCAUAGAGGUUCCGGGUCUCUUAGGGGGUACAGAGUACGAAAUCGAGCUGUACGGGGUCGCCAGGGGACAGCGCUGGCAGCCCAUUAAUGCCGUGGCUAGAACAGGUCUCGGAGCCCCAAGCGGUGUGCGGUUCUCUGACGUCACCGAGAGCACCGUCACGGUUCACUGGAUCCUCCCCCCGGCUCGCGUCGACAGCUAUCGCAUCUCCUACGUACCUGCGGACGGAGGGACCCCGCUGACAGUGACUGUGGACGGAGCCAAGGCCAAGACCACCCUGGUGAACCUGACUCCAGGACAGACCUAUGAGAUCAGCGUCACGUCGGUGAAAGGGUUCGAGGAGAGCGACCCAUCCUCUGGCACUGUGACCACAGGCCUCGAUAAACCCACUGGUCUGGUGGCGGUCAACGUCACUGAUUCCGAGGCCCUGUUGCUGUGGCAACCAGCGAUUGCUACAGUUGAUGGCUACGUCGUUACAUACAGCGCAGACAAUGUGCCCCCUAUGAUGGAGCGUGUUUCAGGGAACACAGUCGAGUUUGGUAUGAGUGCUCUGCGUCCCGCCACGCGCUACACUGUGAGGGUCUACGCAGUGAGCGGCUCUCUGCAGAGUGCAGUCUCCACCACGGAGUUCACCACCGCCGUCGAUGCCCCCAGAGACCUGAGUGCCAGUAACGUGCAGACAGAGAGCGCCGUGCUGACGUGGAAGGCACCGCGAGCCAGCAUCACCGGGUACAUCCUCAUCUUCACGUCUGCUGACGGGAAAGUCAAGGAAGUGGUCUUGGGACCCAGCACCACCUCCUAUAACCUGGCUCAGCUCAGCGCCUCCACCCAGUACACUGUGAGACUGCAGGCCCUCGCAGGCCCCGAGAGAAGCAAGAUCGUCAGGACGCAGUUCACCACCACUGGCCUCCUGUACAGACACCCUCGAGAUUGCUCCCAGGCCCUGCUGAAUGGAGAGACCAGCUCGGGGCUUUACACCAUCUACCUGAAGGGGGAGGAGAGCCAGCCUGUGCAGGUGUACUGCGACAUGGCCACAGACGGAGGAGGCUGGAUUGUGAUUGUCAGGCGUCAGAACGGCAAGCUGCAGUUCUACAGGAACUGGAAGAACUACACAGCAGGGUUUGGCGAUAUGAACGACGAGUUCUGGCUUGGUCUGGACAGUCUGCAUAAGAUCACCUCGUCUGGUCAGUAUGAGCUACGGGUCGAUCUCCGAGACAGGGGCGAGAGCGCCUACGCGCAGUACGACAAGUUCACCAUCAGCGACCCGCGCAGCCGCUACAAGAUCAACGUGGGAGGAUACAGCGGCACAGCCGGCGAUUCCAUGAGCUACCACCAGGGGCGCCCCUUCUCCACCUAUGACAAGGACAACGACAUCGCUGUCACCAACUGCGCCCUGUCCUACAAGGGAGCCUUCUGGUACAAGAACUGCCACCGAGUCAACCUGAUGGGCAGAUAUGGAGACGACAGCCACAGUCAGGGUGUCAACUGGUUCCAUUGGAAGGGUCAUGAACAUUCGAUCGAGUUUGCAGAGAUGAAAAUCCGACCGUCCAACUUCAGGAACUUCGAGGGAAGGAGGAAGAGGUCAUAAAGGAAGCACCACCCCCCUCCCCCCUCCCCCCUCCCCUCUCCUCCCUCCCCGUAACCCUGAGCAACCAAAGCCACUGCCAAUAGCCCAGCAAUCCACCACAUCAACCGCCUCCCCCCUCCCCCCUCCCUCUGUCCCCCAUCUCAGAGUGUGUACAGAAUGUAGCUACACCACACAGGACCAGCGCAGCUGCAGUGAACUUUACAAUACAGCUCCACUGCUCCCACUGUUACCAUUCGCACCAAAGACAACGGAGUCCAUUUUUAAAGUCUUUGUUAAUUAAAAAAAGAGGAAAGAAAAGAAAGUCGUUUUGCUGCAGUAAUUGUAUACUGGCACAGUACUGGUAGUGUGUGUUGCUGUUUUUUUUUUGCUUGGUUUUCUGGGAGGUGUUUGGGAGGGAGGUGUUGUUUGUUCUUGUGUGUGUCGUGUCCAGUUGCAAUAGUUUACGUGUUUUAAUGUCUCCCCUCCCCUUUCUCUUCUCCCCUUCCUUUCUUCUGGGUGUUUUGUAUAAAAAAUAACAAGAAAAGGGAACCAAUUCAAUCAAAGCCACUUACUAAGCUGAUAUUGUGUCCAAAUAUUUGCAUGUUCAUUCUUCAAAAGCACGGCGAAGUCGCCCAUUCAAGCCAUUAGAUCAUGUGACACCACGAAACAGUGCUCAGGUCCCAGCUGUGCACUGUGUGUAUAUUGUCCUAGAAGGUCAUAUUUGUUCUAAGAUUUAUUUCUAUUACUAAGCCAAGGCAGGACCUAUUAAUCUCCUUAUUAUAAUUAUAAAGCCAUUGUUUUGUUUUAUAUAUAUAUAUAUAUAUAUAUAUAUAUAUAUAUAUAUAAUUUUUUUUUUUUUUUUUAGAAAACUGUUUGUUAAGAAAGAAAACAAGCAAGGAAAUAACUGACCAGUAACUUGCUCGCAACAAGAAUAUUUUUAAUGUGCAUUUAUGUGUUUUGUUUGUUUGUUUGUUUGUUAUAUUAUUAUUAUUUUUGUUUUUAAUAAGAUCAGAAGACUUUUUUUGUUCCUUUCACAAAAAUACAAAAAGAAAUCCCACUGCCCCCCCCCUCCUCUCCAAUAUUAAAGGAAUGAUGUCCAGCUGCUUAAACAGUUACAGUGUGUUAAACAGCACAACAACACAAUUUGACUUACAAGCCACUAGAGAAAAUGGAAUACCUGUGGAAAUUAAAGAGCUUUUUUUAUCUCAAUGAAAACAGAUGUUUCUCUGUAACCCUUAUUCAAAUAAAACCAACUUUGUUUAAAAAAGAAA